AUGCGUGCCUUGGGUUUCGAGCCCAAGAAGGAGGAGAUUCAGAAGAUGAUCUCGGACGUGGACGCAUCUUGGCAGCGGGGAAGCGGGCCAUUUGACUCCAGCUUAAGGUUUGCUCAAGUGUUCUUAAUGGUGGUGAAGGACCAACUCCCCCAAAGUUUUAGUCCACAGGAAAACAAGCUCAAGUUUGGUACUCAGUGGCUCACUCGGUAUGGAAGCCCCGAGGACGAUGGCUCUGGCACCAUCGGCUAUGAGGCGGGUGGCCUUCUCUUGGGAGUGGGUACCGAGGGCAGGGGUGGGCGGUACCCAGGGCCCACGAGGAGCUUCCUACAAUUGAUCAACGAAUCAAGCAGCACAGAAUGGGAAAGCAACAAUAUGGCACAGGAAAAGACACUAUGCAGGUAUAUGCAGGAGUUCUUGAAGAUGAUGACACACAAGAUCUUGAACCGUGACCCCAAGGAUGAAAUCCUCAAGGCCUUCCGCCUCUUCGAUGACGAUGAGACCGGGAAGAUCUCCUUUAAGAACCUCAAGCGCGUGGCCAAGGAGUUGGGCGAGCGCAUGACCGACGAGGAGAGGAGAAGGGAUGAGGAGCUGCAAGAGAUGAUCGACGAGGCGGACCGCGACGGCGAUGGUGAGGUCAACGAGGAGGAGUUCCUGCGCAUCAUGAAGAAGACGCCUCUUGGAGACCAAGAUGGUCAGACCAGCCAUGUGGGUUGA